CUGUCAAACAAUGCAUUAUAUCCAAAUAGCAAUUUCCAUGUUACUUCUCACCCAAACUAUCGCUUUAUUUGGUGAUUCAUUGAAAAAGCUUCGUCAAAAGGCUUCCGAGGUUUACAGGACUCAAAGUAGCGAGAAAUCUCUAAAUUUUUUAGGACAUAUCGCUUCAGAUUAUCCAGGAACGAAUCCAAAAUAUUUAAAAAUCAACGAGGACUUAUGGGAAAAUUACUAUUCUUGUUUAAGAGCUCAACAAAAUUAUAUCGGAGAUAAUUUGUCGUUAUCUCCAGAAGCGAUUUUGGGGUUUGAGGGUGGAAAUGUGAAAUUAGAAUGUAAAAUAUGCGUUAGUCCUCUAGAAGCCGAACUAAUGGAAUUAGUUGUUUGGCAAUGGGCUGCCAAAGACGGUUUACAUUUGGAACCAGUUGAAUUUCAUGAAAAUAUUAUACUAUCACCGAAAGAAAAAACUUUACAUAUUUAUAAUUUAGACAGCACUCAUUCUGGUCAAUAUAUGUGUACUUUGGGCGAAGCCGCUACUGCUCCCUAUUUUUUAACAGUGAUCAGUGUUAAUGACAGUAAUUUUGAUGCCGUGCACAAUCAACAAGCACCGCUGGGUCCUUAUCCCAAAGUACCAGAAUAUUUAAACGAGUACAAUUUAGUUUUAGAUACUGAAUGGUCUGAUUGGUCCACGUGUAGUACUUGCGGAAUUGUCGGUAAAAAACAUAAAUUAGGUAAGUAUUUUUUUAUUGGUUUCUUAGGUUAUUGUAGCGUUUAUUCAAAAGAAACUAAAAGUACAACCUCAAAAGAGAACGAAAUCAAUACUAAUUUCAGCGUUAGUCAUAACAAAACUAUCAGAACAGUUCAAAAUGCAGAUUUUGAAUUAUUUAACGUUUUUAAAUUUGGCAUACCUUGUAAUUCUCACAUAAUGCCGAUAAGUAUCGGUGAACUGCCACCUGUACGAACAAGAAACAACGAAAUAAUCACCGGGUUUUGCAAAUUAAAAUGCCCCACGAAUGAAAUUUUUCUAGUUAAGGAUAAACAUGGUAACGUCAUAGAAAAGGCUAAUAAUUCGGCGGGUAUUUACUCGAUGUUACAGCCUCUUCCCCCACUGGAGCCCCCGGUAGCAAGACAAGUUAUAUACGGGGUGAAAGGCAAAAGUAUAAUAUUAAGUUGUCCCGGGAGCUUGAACACCGAUUCGCCGAUUCAAUGGCAAAUCGGUAGUAAAAAGUUAAUACCGGAAAUAAUAUCUUCCGAAUCUAAAGGGAGGAUUUUUAUUACAAUCACUGAUAGAAUUCGUAUUAAUCGAGCGAAAAUAUCGGAUUCGAAUGUUUACAGUUGUUGGCAACAUGACGAACUGGCCGGUACAAUAAGGCUCGUGGUGGAAAAGAAGAUCGAAUUUAAUUUUAAUCAUACAGUUAUGUUGAUAGGGAUUGUGGUUAUUUUGGUUGUUUUUUUGAAAAUUUUUGUGAAAGCAAUCGUUGGGAGAAAAUACGCUAAAGUUUAGUGCGAUUGUAAUUUAGGUUAUGUUGAUUUUUGAGGAAAAAAACAAUAAAAACU